AUGGAUGAUGCUAUUGAACUACGAACUGAUGGGAAUUCCCUUCUAAAGGCAGUUUGGUUGGGAAGGUUGAGAUUAACCAGACUUUUGUUAGAAGGUGGAGCGUACAUAAAUGAAAGCAAUGAAAGAGGAGAGACCCCCCUUAUGGUAGCAUGUAUGACUAGGCAUGUCGACCAACAAAGUGUGAGCAAAGCCAAAAUGGUGAAGUACCUGCUGGAAAAUCAGGCAGACCCAAACAUUCAAGACAAGUCUGGUAAAACAGCAUUAAUGCAUGCCUGCAUUGAGAGAGCUGGAGAGGAAGCCGUGUCCCUGUUACUUACCAAUGGAGCAGAUCCUAGCUUGGAGGAUCAUUCUGGUGCUUCAGCCUUGGUUUAUGCCAUCAACACAGAUGACAAAGAGGUCCUAAAAUGUCUACUAAAUGCCUGCAAAGCCAAAGGGAAGGAGGUCAUAAUAAUAACUACUGAUAAAUCUCCUUCCGGUACAAAGACAACAAAACAGUAUCUAAAUGUGCCACCUUCACCAGAACUAGAGGAAAGACAUACUCCUUCUCUCUGUAUGUCCCCAUCUGAUAUUGAACUCAAGACAUCUCUGACUCCAUCUCCCACUGAUGAACAGGAAAAUGAAAAAGCCUUUAAUUUCCAAGUAAUGUCACAUCAGACCGGAAGUUACACUGGCAAAACCCACAAUGAUCCUGGCUCUCCAACCAGAAAAGUCAAUCCUAAAAGAAUUGGGACCCGCUUGCCCCAGCUGAAGAGGCUACAAUCAGAGCCCUGGGGUUUGAUUGCACCAUCUGUCUUAGCUGCUUCAGCCUAUCAGGAGGAAUGCAAAAGACUUAGCCCAGAUGAUGAGAUCAUCCAGGGGAUCAAUGGGUUGGCACUGCCCAAACGCACCACUUUGUCCAGAACAAACAGCAUCGAAAGUAAAGAUCCAUCUACCUUCCCAUUUGUAGGUGAUUCAACUUCUAGGACUCCCUCCACAUCUGCGCCAGUUUCCCGUAAGCAAUCUUAUGAGAAAAGCCAAACUCAGCAUCAGCCUUUAGCUCGAAGAAGCACUUUGCCUUCUGAACAAGAUACUGUUAGUAGCUUUGCUUCAACGGGUCCAGUGAGCUUGCGAGACACUGUCCAUCGCAGAAGAUUAGGCAAUGACCACUAUGAUUCAGACUCCCAGCUUUAUUCAGACUCGGUCUCCAAUCCAUUCGAUUCUGGAAAAAUCACUUUUGAAAGAAAGAAACAUAACACCUCUCCCCUGACACUGUUAACCAGCUCCCGUGAGUCACUGGACAGUACAUCCAGCACAUCGCCAAGUUCUGUACGACGCAGGCCACCCGGCUUACUUGAAAGAAGAGGUUCUGGAACCCUCCUUCUAGAUCACAUCUCUCACACAAGGCCGGGACAUUUGCCACCAUUGAAUGUCAAUCCCAAUCCACCCAUCCCUGAUAUAGGGUGCAACAGCAAGCCUUCAUCCCCUCUGACCAUGUGUCUGAAAUCUAUGGUUCCCAUGGCACCAUCUUCACCAAAGCGAAACGACAUGAAAGCCAAAAAGAAGCUGGUGAGGAGGCAUUCUAUGCAAGUGGAGCAAAUGAAGCAGCUUUCUGACUUUGAGGAGCUGAACACCUAG